AUGGAGCGCUUAUGUUUGAUCCUCCUGCUGAUGGGUAGGACCACUUCAGUCUUGGCACAGUUUAAUGGAUACAACUGUGAUGCCAACUACCACAGUCGGUUUCCCGCGGAGCGCGACAUCAGUGUGUACUGUGGGGUUCAGACCAUGACCUUGAAGAUUAACUUCUGCCCAGUGCUGUUCUCCGGCUACACAGUUGCCGAUCUGGCGCUCAACGGUCGCCAUGGCGAUACCCACUGCCGGGGCUUCAUCAAUAACAACACGUUCCCCACGGUAGUACUGUUCAGCAUCAGCCUCAGCACACUGGAGGCCUGCGGCAACAGCCUGGUGGUCACAACAUCCUAUGGGGCUAAUGCCUACAGGAACAUGUCACUGGUGCAGAUUGGGAAUAUCUCAGGGUACAUCGACACUCCAGAUCCGCCAUCCAUCAUCAGCUAUCUGCCCGGGCUGCUGUACAAAUUCAGCUGCAGCUACCCCCUGGAAUACCUGGUCAACAACUCACAGCUGGCAUCAUCAUCUGCUGCAAUAUCAGUGAAGGACAGCAAUGGUACCUUUGUGAGCACAUUGAGUAUGAUCCUUUACAAUGACUCAACCUACAACCAACAACUCUCUAUCCCAAUGGCCGGACUGGCUUUGAAAACCCGAGUGUUUGCUGCAGUGAAAGCCACAAACCUGGACAAACGAUGGAAUAUCUUGAUGGACUACUGUUACACCACUCCCUCAGGGAAUCCCAAUGAUGAACUGCGCUAUGACCUUUUCUUUGGCUGCUAUAAAGACCCACAGACCACUGUUUUUGAGAAUGGGAAGAGUCAAAUGGGUCGUUUCGCCUUCGAAGUGUUCCGUUUCGUCAAACACAGACACCAGAAGAUGUCUACUGUGUUUCUGCACUGUGUCACCAAGCUGUGUCGGGUAGAUGACUGUGUCCUGCUCAUGCCGAUCUGUGGGCGUCGGCGUAGGAGGGACAUAGAGGAUAGCCUGGAGUCUCGGCCGUCGUCUGGGGAUGCCAUCAUCACCGCUGGACCCAUCAUCACCAGGAUUGAUGAAACUCCAACAAAUAACUCACAACUUGCUUCAUCGAGUGGCCCCUCCCUAACGUUGAACCCAGUGACCAGUGCUCUGCUGUCGGGUGUGGUCAUUCUGGGCGUGUUCAGUCUGGGAUUCUUCCUGCUCUCGCUCCGCCUCCUCCGCAGACCCCCCCUCCCUACAGCCACACCAUCAGAGGCAUGGAACCCUGGCUUCAAAUAA